GCCUAGGAGCUUGGUUAACUGCCGACUACUGCUACCACCUCCUAACGAACACCAAACACACACGCCCUGUCCACGGUGCAGUGCCAUGCCGGAAGCACCGAGCGCCCAGCCAGCUCCCGCCAGCGGCUAUGCCCCCGGGGCGCACCGCGAGGCGCUCGAGUUCAUCGAGCACGUGACGGCGAACGCGGGGAAGGUCCAGCGGCGCGUCCUCGCCGAGAUCCUGGCGCAGAACGCGCCGGCAGAGUACCUGCGCCGGUACGGCGUCUCCUGCUCCCUGGAUGCCGUAGACUCCUUCCGCCGCUGUGUCCCGCUCGUCACCUACGAGGACCUCCAGCCAGACAUACUCCGGAUCGCCAACGGUGACACCUCGCCUAUCCUCUCCGGCAAGCCCAUCUCCGAGUUCCUCACAAGCUCGGGCACGUCAGGAGGGGAGAGGAAGCUGAUGCCGACCAUCGCGGACGAGCUUGACAGGCGGUCGCUGCUGUACAGUCUGCUGAUGCCGGUGAUGAGUCAGUCGGUGCCCGGGCUCGACAAAGGCAAGGCCAUGUACCUGCUGUUCGUGAAGGCGGAGUCGCGCACCCCGGGCGGGCUGGCGGCGCGGCCGGUGCUAACGAGCUACUACAGGAGCCGACAGUUCCUGGACCGGCCGCACGACCCUUACACGGCGUACACGAGCCCCAACGAGGCCAUCCUGUGCGUGGACUCGUACCAGAGCAUGUACGCCCAGCUGCUGUGCGGCCUGGUGCACCGCACCGACGUGCUGCGCGUGGGCGCGGUCUUCGCCUCCGGCCUCCUCCGCGCCAUCCGCUUCCUCGAGAAGCACUGGCCGCGCCUGUGCCACGACAUCCGCACGGGCGAGCUCGACCCGGAGAUCACCGACCGCCCGGUGCGCGACGCGGUCGGGAGAAUUCUCCGCGGCGCCGCGAACCGGCCGGCCCUGGCCGACGAGAUCGAGGCCGAGUGCCUGAAGCCGUCGUGGGAGGGCAUCGUCCGGCGCCUGUGGCCGCGCACCAAGUACAUCGACGUGAUCGUGACCGGCGCCAUGUCGCAGUACAUCCCGACGCUGGAGUUCUACGGCGGCGGCCUGCCUCUCACCUGCACCAUGUACGCCUCUUCCGAGUGCUACUUCGGCCUCAACCUGAACCCCAUGUGCAAGCCCAGCGACGUCGCCUACACUCUCAUCCCCACCAUGUGCUACUUCGAGUUCCUCCCCGUCCAUCGCGGCAGCAACACCAAUGCCAAGCCGAGCCACCAGGACCUCGUCGAUCUCGUCGAUGUGAAACUCGGUCACUACUACGAGCUCGUCGUAACCACCUUCUCAGGUUUGUGCCGGUACCGCGUGGGCGACGUGCUGAGGGUGGCAGGGUUCAAGAACGAGGCGCCAAUGUUCAGCUUCGUGCGGCGGCAGAACGUGGCGCUGAGCAUCGACUCGGACAAGACGGACGAGACGGAGCUGCACACGGCGGUGAGCAGCGCGGUGCAGCACCUGGCGCCAUUCGGUGCGACGCUGGUGGAGUACACCAGCUACGCGGACACGGCCGCCAUCCCGGGCCAUUACGUGCUCUUCUGGGAGCUCCGCGCCGGCAGCACGGCGGUGCCGGCCUCCGUGUUCGAGGAGUGCUGCCUGUCCGUGGAGGAGGCGCUCAACAGCGUGUACCGGCAGGGCCGCGCCUCCGACAGGUCCAUCGGCCCCCUGGAGAUACGCGUCGUCUCGGAAGGCACCUUCGACAAGCUCAUGGACUACGCGCUCAGCCGCGGCGCGUCCAUCAACCAGUACAAGGCGCCACGGUGCGUGCGCCCCGGUCCGGUCGUCGAGCUGCUCGACGACCGGGUUCAGGCCAAGUACUUCAGCCCCAAGUGCCCCAAGUGGAGCCCCGGGAACAAGCAAUGGAACAACUCCAACGAGCUGGCGAGCAACGGAUCAGGCGCCUAGCUAGCUAGCUAGCUGAUGAGGUGUGCAACGCAUGAUCUGUGUUGCUGUAGGUGGGGUGAUGGUAUUCCUUAUUUGAACUUUCUGAGGCAGUGAGGAGUAGUUAUGAAAUUAUGACUUAGGUACGUACCUAGGUAUGUUUCCUUUUGUUUUUUGUAAUUUUCUCUUUCUGGACCGUGUCUUCUAUGUAGAACUACAUGUCAAUUACGUCUAUUAAAUCAGUCCCUAUAAAGUAGCUGCGUCCCAAAGUUACCCAUGCAUACGGCCGGUCGGAAUGAAUGGACUUCUCUGUGA